ACAUAUCAAAUAGUCGUCUAGUUUUCGCUUCUUGAUAUUCGCCAAAAGUGAUUGUACAAACAAUCUGUUCUCAAAUCGGCUCUACACACUUUCUGUCAGUGUUACGUAACGUUUAGAAGUGAUGAAAAUACCGACUGAUUUUUGAGGGGAAAAGGAGUUGAAACCAUGCGAUUCCUGAUACAGUAUAACAACUAUUAUUCAUUGAAUAAUGGAUUUUUCAACAAAAGAUGCUGUUGAUUGCACCACCAGGAUAGUGAAUCAAAUGUUGAAGUUUUCUUCAAGAAGCGACUAUGGAUCUUAUGAAUUUAAGGAACUAACAGAACUGUUUACGGAGAGCUACUUCGCUGUUCAGUGUCCGCAGCACUUAGCCGAUGAAUAUCGACUUUACAUCGCAACAAAUGUGUUGUCAAGAGAAAACUGUUCUCAGGGGAUUGCGAAGAUGUUUGUGGAUUUAGGAACGAAGGCUCUGCAGUCCACAGAGAUUGGACAUAUAUCUGUUGACGAUCAGUUUAUUAGUCUGUUAGCAUCUCUUCAGUCUGCGUUGUGUAACUAUUUAGAGCUUAGCAUUUCACUGGCAGAAUCAAUGUCGUCGCAGAAAACGUAUAUGGACGAAAUCUCUCGUCUAUUAUCUUUCUGUUCAAAUCUCGUUGAGAGAGAGCUGAAACGUGAAGUUGCAUUUUUGGUGGAAGUGAUCAUAAAAAGUCUAUACAACUUUGUGUGUCACGAAAGCACAGUAGUGUUGAGUGUUUUCCGAACAAUGAACCUGGUUGAUAACGUGAAGCAUUUUAUUGUUAGUGAGAAUAAAAAUGUGCAGGUAGCAUCGCACAUGUUCCUGGCACACACAUAUAAACAAGAGGAUCAGAAAGAGAAGACGAUUGAAUUUUUUGUAAAUACUCUUGUCCCCAAGAUUAAAAGCCAUUCAGAGAGGUUUUGUGGAUUCAAAUGUGAAGAAAUUCUGAAAGGCUUAAGACUUUUGAUAUCAAGUGAUGGGGACAGUGAUUUUUUGUCCUUCGACAAGAUACUGCCACAUUUUAAGACCAUUGUAGUGUACUUUGAAGGGAAGACCUUAGAAGAGGCUUUACUCGUCUUGUGGACACUGUCAUUCAAUCCUAACUUAAGGCGAAAAAUUAGAAAUGAGUUCAAAGAUGUAGUAAAAGAUUUGCAAAUGGCUGUGGAACUGAAAACUUCUGAGUAUGCAGUAAGUUUACUGAAAGCACUACACGGGUUGUUGUGGCAGCUGAAUGAAGAUGAGAAUUUGUCGGUGUCCUCUAAAGUGAAUUCAUGUGCUACAGUUGAACAUGUAAUGCUGAGUUACAGUCAUCGAGACAAGAAUGUAGCAGUGGACUUGAUAAAGCAUUUAAAACAAAAACAUUACAAGGUAUGGUUUGAUGUAGAUGAUAUGAAGAAUACUGAUAAUAUCUUAGAUGGGAUGGCGGAAGCAGUGGAGAAAGCCUAUGUUGUAUGCAUUCUGUUUUCUGAGAAUUAUCAAAGAAGUCCUUUUACAAAACGUGAGAUAGGAUAUGCCAUCAAGUUGGGUAAACCAUUGAUAUUUCUACGUGCACAACCGAAUUACAAACCUGAUGGCUGGCUUGGUCUUAUCAUUGGAACAGAUGUGUACAUUGAUAUUUCAGGGAAGUAUUCAUUUGAAGAGUAUUUUGUUGAUUUAUGUCAAAGGAUUGACAAGUAUUCACCUAAUCAGGAGUAGAUAGUAUUUCAGUGUGAAUGUCUUCACUGAGGAUGCGAAAGAAGCAAGGAACAGUCUCACAAUGAUUGAAGAGUGUGCGUUGAAUAGGAAAUCGAACAAAGUGACAACUAACAGGUAAUACUUUGUACUACCAACUUACUUAAGUGUGAUAAAACGAAUUGUGCAAUAAUUUCAACUUGAGAUUUUCACUUAUGCCUUUUAUACUUCAUUUCACUGAUGAAAUAAAUUUCUUCUUCAUUCGAUUCACUUGUAGAUUGUUAAAAUGUCUUUGUUAGUAUACGUUGUGAGAGAUCCUUGAAUUGUUUUGCUUUCUUUGACAAUAGAAAAGUUUCUGAAAGUGAUCAUUUUGAUUUCAAUUGGUACAAUGUUUAUCUAUGUGGCUGGAAAGUCGAAUGGAUAGACCACAGUUUGCUUCCUGAUAAAAUCUUUCUUUAUUAUACAUGGUUGGUUGAUCAACAUAUCGUACUGACGAUAAAUAUUGAUAAAUAUCUUUUCGGCAAUGUGAAAUCGAAAGAUAAUCGUGUGUGAUUCGUUGCAGAUGCUAAUCUAAGAG